AUGGACUGCAAUGAGUGCAUCGUCGCGCAUUACGAUCUGAAGCCGCCAGACAAGCCUGUUUUUAGCAUGUCCGGGAACAUUCUCACGAUCUAUGAGGCGUACGUUGGGCUCGCUGUUGAGAUCCUCGCAUCUCUCACAAUCAUGCGCCAUAUCGAAGCACAAAAGCUCUGA